UAUACAGCUAUGUGGCUCAAGAUCUCGUACACCUUCAACGUCACACUUGUUUUCUUUGCGCGCUGGGAGAGCCAGCGCUACGCCGCCCUCUGGCUCGGCGACGCGAUGGGCGACGCCGCGGGCAGCAUGGACUUGAACGAGCUGCUCAAGAAGCGCAGGCGACCCGGGCCAGAGGGCCAGGGCAACGGGGCAGACGCACCUCCCAGCAAGAAGCAGCAGGUGGGAGAGCUGGCGGACGCCGCCGAGGACGGCCUCCAGGAGGUCGAGGGGGCCCUGCGGGCCCGAGACAUGCAGACGGCAGUCCCCAUCUUGCUCAAGAUGGCGUGCAUGCGCGCGCAGGUGCUCAGGGACCUGGCAGCGUCGGAGCGGGUGUGCCUCAUCAUCCCCGCGGCGUGCUUCCUGGUCGCCGCGGGGAGCCCAUGCUGGGACCCGCCAUAUUUGUACAUCGCGCGAGGCGUGUGCAAGUCGAUGGUAGACUCCGAGAAGUUCAAGGAGGGGGCGGCCAAGGCGCACGAGAUCUUGGCCCUCUUCUUCGGGAAGUUCGCGUUGUGCUGUGCGGCGGCGGAGCUCGGCUUAGCGAUUGGGCGCGUCAGGCUGAAGAAGUGCUACAACGACGACUACACGAGGAUGCAGUUCUCUUUCGCGGGCGAGGUGACGGCCCCCCUCUCGGGCGCUGCGCAGGGCAUGCCGACGGAGCGGGCGAUCAGCAAGCUGGAGCUAGAGCAGGCGGUGAUCAAGCUGGCGCAGAUGGAAGGCGCCAAGCUCAAGCUCGGCGCCGCGCCACAGGGCCACCUCGAGGCGCUGGCGCAGCGGCUGAUCGACAAUGCCAG